AUGGCUGUUCUGAAGUACUUCAAACCGGACGUGUUCAUCUACUGGGAGUGUCGGCCGCUAUCUAAGAACGAGCUUUAUCAGGCGCUUUAUUUCGGCUACUUGAUCGGCGUAUUGUUCGUACUUCCGGCGCUCAUCAUGCUGGCAACGUACGGCCUCAGCUGCCGUGGGCUCUGGCGCUCAACCCUGGCGUCCCGAACACUUCAAGGAGUCAAAAGGGAAACAUACGUCAAGUGCGGUAACGGUCGUCAUUCAGUAAACACCAAGACGUCACCACGAGACGAUGACGUCACAUCAAGACGUCGGGUUAUCAAGGCGCUUAUCCUGAUCGUGAUUGUGUUUAUCGUCUGCUGGGGCGCGCGACUCACGGUCCAAGUGAUGAACGCUAACAACAUGGCAGCCCGGCGCGGCUCCCUGCAGCCGCUCAUCACGGAGGGCCUGACGUAUCUCAGUAGUGCCCUGAAUCCCUUCCUGUUCAUGGCAAUGUCUUCGCAGUUCUGUCCAAGGGCUCAUUGCUGCUGCCGCCUGAUCCGCGGGGGGAGAAUACCGAGGGGUUCCACCGGUGGCUCCACCAUCAAAAGCACUUCCGGUUCCACGGCAACGGGCAUCGCUUCUAACAUUGCCGCUCAUCUGGAUGAAAGCUCCGCCUGUAUCUGA